AUGUGCAAUCUUACCCGGCUUAGAUCUAUGGCUCUCGAUUCCUCCGGCAAACAACCCGAGCAGCAACAGCAGCAGCAACCACCACCGCGAGCCUCCACCGAGGCCGGAUUGAAACUCCGGAAAACCCCAAACGAAGAGCUUGAGCCUGAUAACUAUGAGGAUCUACAGCUGGACUUUAGCCCCGUUCUCUUCAGCUCCCUCGAGCGCUACUUGCCGGAGCAGGUUCUCAAUUCCACCCGCAACGACAAGGCUCGUUUCAUGAGGAACCUCCUUCUCCGAUACUCACCUGAAACUGAGCGAAUCCGGAUUCAGAGGCACAGAGAAUACAGGGAGAAAAUCUUGUCUUCUUACCAGCGUCUGCAUGUAGAGAUCUAUUCUCUUGACCCUGCUAGUUUCUUCGCGCCUUCGUUUCUCAACGCUCUGAGUCAGAAGUCAGAGCAGGGCUUAAGAAGCAUAAUGUCUCAACCCUCUGCUGGGAUUUUCACAUUUGAAAUGCUUAACCCAAGGUUCUGUGAAAUGUUACUAGCAGAGGUUGAGCAUAUGGAGAAAUGGGUGUAUGAUUCAAGAACCACAAUCAUGAGACCCAAUACGUUGAACAAAUUUGGUGUUGUCCUUGAUGAUUUUGGAUUUGAAAGCAUGCUCAAGAAGUUGGUUGAUGAUUUCAUAAGUCCUAUCUCUCAAGUUUUGUUCCCGGAAGUCUGUGGAACCGCUUUAGAUUCUCACCAUGGCUUUAUUGUUGAAUAUGGGAAAGAUAGGGAUACUGAACUUGGGUUCCAUGUGGAUGACUCGGAGGUUAGUUUGAAUGUCUGCUUGGGUAAGAUAUUCUCUGGUGGGGAUGUGUAUUUUCGUGGUGUGAGAUGCGAUAACCAUGUGAAUUCCGAGAUCAAUGAUAAGGAGAUGUAUGAUUACUCUCAUGUACCUGGUCAAGCCAUUCUUCAUCGUGGCCGUCACCGCCAUGGUGCUAGAGCUACAGUUAGUGGACACAGGGUCAACUUGAUCUUGUGGUGCAGAAGCUCAAGUUUUCGAGAGAUGAAGAACUAUCAGAAAGAUUUCUCAGGUUGGUGCGGAGAAUGCAGACGUGUUAAAACGGAUAGGCAGAAAUUGUCGAUUGAGGCAACUAAACAGGCAUUGAUUAAGAUAGGAGCAGAGAAGGCUUCAAAACCAUCUGCCGACUAA